GAUAGGUAGGCUCUGGCAUUGAUACGAGCAUGAAAAAGUCACAAGUCUUAUCAUACAAAUCGAUUAUCAAAUAUCAAUGUGGCAUCGUCAGUUUGGUUUGUCAUCAUCAGAAAAUGUUGAUCAUUGCAGUAUAAAUUUAUCUCCCAAUCGAAAAACUCCGCUUGACAAUAAAAAGAGGCCUGAAAUUAACUUUUAAAUCCGGAUGGAUACCGAAGACGAUUUUAAUGAAGAAGGAUUUUCCAGGGCUCGCAAAAAUAAGGAGAAACCACCGUUAUGGGACUCUUUUCAAGACCCACCUUCUAAAAAAGCAACCGGAUCCGCUGCCAGCUGGACGAAACUGGGAUUAUUUUUGAAGCUUUUCAAGUUGUUUACCUACAUCUUUGUUUUCGCCAUUAUACUGGUGUCAGCUGCAUUGUCGAAGCUGUCGUUCGUUUUUAUGGUGGCCCAAGUUGAACCGAACCGCAGAGUUAAAUAUUGCUAUGAAGCGCAUCAUGGUGAAUAUGUUGCUGAUUUGCCUUUAACGGAACAUGUACUAUGGAUUUGGGCUUUGAUAAUUUCCUUUGCAGCACCUGAAAUAUUCACUUUUUUUCGUUCCCUGCGUAUUUGUAUCUUCAAAGAUGUAAAAUCGCCUACAUGGCCGGAGGUUUUAUUGGUCAUUUCUUUUGAAUUGUUACACGUAAUAGGAUUGGCUAUAUUGACAUUUUACGUGUUUGUUCAGUUGGAUUCGUUAAAAGCUUUGAUGUUAUGCAAUGCUGUUUCUUUUACACCGGCCCUUCUAAAUGUUCUAAUUGGAACCCGCAAUCAUUGGAAAUCCAUCGCUAUUUACUCAAUUAGCAUUUUGGCAUUGAUGGCCCAAGCAUCGGCAUUUGUGGUUUGGCCAUCCCUCAUCAAUUCAAUACAUAUGCAAAUAUUGGUCAUACCCUUGAUAUUGGUGUCUCUUCGUUGGUGGGAAAAUUACAUUAAUUCGUAUUCCAGCAUAGGAAACUUGAUUAAAAUGGUUCGCCGCACCAAGUCACGCUAUCACACGUACCUCUAUUUGUCUCCCUUGAAAGUAAUCGUUUUCGCAUGCAUUGCCUUCAGCGUCUAUGGAGUGCCAAUCGCACAGUACUUUUCGAUGUUUACCAAUGCAUGGAAUUCUCACUUCAUUGCAGUGAAAAGGGUUGAUGCGGUGCAUCCAUUAACGAAUUCAUCGUCGACAACUGCAACAGCAUCAUCGUCAUCGAAAACCAACGAAACGUUCCCUAUCAAAUCGGAUGCGCAUUUUGCGCUUCAUGUUCUUCUUCUGCAGGUUGUGUCCUCCUACCUUUGCUACAUUUUCGCCAAAUUUGCAUGUAAAAUAAAAAUCCAGGAAUUCAGUUACGCUUUGCCACUAAGCUUGAGUACACCGCUGGCUGUGGCCGCCACAUUUGCACUGACUUGGCUGAGUGAGGCAGAUGUGUGCUCACUUAGCGAAUACCUGCCAAAGUAUCUGGCAUUGAGGGCAGUGCCAGCAUAUGCCGCAGGAGCUACUGUGAACAUUGAAGGGGGCGAUGGCAUGAGUGAUGGCUUCGUAGACUCGAUAAAUAAAUUUGUAGGAGAGCAUCUCUGGAUUUGGCUUCUGUGGUGGAUCUCCCAUUUAUGGGUAACACAUCAUGUAUGGUGUCCGAAAAAUGAUAAAAAUCUCCCCACCGAGAAGCUGUUCAUUUGUCCGUGGUAUUGCGGUUUUUUGGUCGAACAGUGCAUUACUCUGAAUAGACGCAUUGUGGAUUGGAACGAAGAGUACUUAUCAAUUAAGAGUGGCGAUGCACAUUUCGCAAAUGGUGAUGCAUCAACGGAUAUACUGGAAUCAGACAAAAUUGCUCAACUCAUUGUCUGUGCGACUAUGUGGCAUGAAAAUUUGGACGAAAUGAUGGAAUUCUUAAAGUCUAUUGUACGGCUGGAUGAGGAUCAAUGCGCAAGGCGUAUGGCGAAAAUUCACAUAAACAACGGCAAACCGGAUGAAGGAUACUACGAACUCGAAACCAAUAUUUUCUUUGACGAUGCCUUCGUACUGGACGAUAAGUAUGUGGAGAAUCCUAAAAAUCCUCCACUUAAUGAAUACGUAAAACUCUUGAUAACAAGUAUAGACAAGGCUGCUUUUGAGGUUUAUGGCGUCAGCAUAAAGAUCAAGCCACCAGUAAAAAUUGAAACACCUUACGGAGGUCGGUUGGUGUGGACAUUGCCUGGACGUACAAAAAUGAUUGCCCAUCUCAAAAACAAGGACAAAAUUCGUCACAAAAAACGCUGGUCACAAGUUAUGUACAUGUACUACCUGCUGGGUUUUCGCAUAAUGGAAUUAGAAAAUGUGUCGGCGAAGCGUAAAGCCGUAAUUGCAGCCAACACUUUUUUGUUGGCUCUCGACGGCGACAUAGAUUUUCAGCCACAGGCAGUGCAGCUCCUGAUAGACCGGAUGAAGGCCAUUGAUGAAUUGGGUGCAGCAUGUGGCCGCAUCCAUCCCGUUGGCCGUGGACCAAUGGUAUGGUAUCAAAUCUUUGAAUACGCAAUUGGUCAUUGGUUACAAAAAGCCACCGAACACGUCAUUGGCUGUGUACUUUGUAGCCCUGGUUGCUUUAGUUUAUUCCGCGGUAGUGCUUUAAUGGAGAACAGUGUGAUGAAGAAAUAUACCACAGUGUCUCAAGAGCCCAUGCACUAUGUACAAUAUGAUCAAGGUGAAGAUCGAUGGCUUUGCACAUUAAUACUCAAGCAGGGGCUACGUGUUGAGUACUCUGCCGCCUCAGAUGCCUACACCCAUUCCCCAGAGAUAUUUAACGAGUUCUACAAUCAACGUCGUCGUUGGGUUCCGUCAACCAUAGCCAAUAUAUUUGACCUGCUGUCUGAUUCGGAGAUGGUCGUAAAGAAGAACAGUUCUAUAUCGAGGCCAUACAUCUUCUAUCAAGCCAUGCUAAUGGUUGGCACUAUUCUGGGUCCUGGAACUAUAUUCCUCAUGAUGAUUGGAGCCUUGGUUACUGUCUUUGACACGGGAAUUUGGACAUCGUUCCUUUGGAAUUUUAUACCCCUGUUGGCUUUUAUCUUGUCCUGCGUGUAUCUAAAACAAAGUUACCAGCUUCUUCUUGCGUUUGUGAUAAGUGCCGUAUACUGUCUAGUAAUGAUGGCUGUACUAAUUGGCAUAAUUAUUCAAAUGAUAGACGACGGACCUCUGGCUCCAGCUUCCCUUUUCUUUCUUUUGGUGUUUCUGCAAAUUUUUAUAGCAGGAAUUAUGCAUCCGCAAGAAGCUGGUGCGCUUGUUUGCGGUUUAAUUUACUACAUAACCAUUCCCUCCAUGUACAUGUUGCUGCUCAUUUACUCGGUAUUCAAUAUGAACGAUGUAUCUUGGGGAACGCGAGAGGUGGCUCCCAAAAAGGACGACGGUGGUUCACCACAAGAUGAAGAAAGCAAAUGCCAGGAGUAUUUGCCUGGUUGGAUAAAUGACCCUCUACUUGUUGAUUCGCAAUUGGGUGAAAUAUCGUUACGUGAAAAACGUUUCUGGAAGGACUUGAUUAAAUUGUAUUUGAAACCACUGUUCCAUACAAAGGAGAAGAAGGCAGAAAUUGCCGACAGCCUGAGGGAACUUAGAAAUAUGUUUGCCUUUGCCUUUGUUAUGAUAAAUGCAAUUUUUGUUCUCGUCGUUUUUCUACUGCAGUUGAAGAAAGAUUACCUACACUUGGAGUGGCCCAUUGAUCCGGAAGACUUUAUAACCUACGACGGCGACAAUGCACAAAUCUACAUAUACCGCCACUACAAGGAGCUUGACCCCAUCGGGUUUUGUUUUGUCAUAUUCUUUGGUCUUAUUCUGAUUAUACAGUUCGUUGCAAUGUUCUUUCAUCGUUUCGCAACCAUUUCACAGUUAUUGGCCACAACUAAAUUGGAUUGGUUGAGAGCCUCAAGUACGGUAACCGAAGAGGAUGCUGCCCAGGAAAUUCGAGGGAAUGCAGUACACAUAGCACGGCAACUGCAACGACCGAAACGUCUCGACGAUGAGGAUGACGACAAUAAUCCUAGCGAUGGAAAGUCCUGCGAGUGGCAGGACGAUAUGGAUAAACAAAUGAUGCGGCGCUCGACUAUUUUCAAACUACAUGAAAAUCUAAAUAAAAACCAUUGUGACUACAGUGAUUUACCGCGCAACUUUGAGCGGAGAUUUCUGGGUGACGAUGAUAUAAGUGUGAAGCACAUAUCAAUGAGUCGCAAGUCGCUGAUGAUGCUCAACGAGUCACGUUUUGUUGCGAAACGUCGCCUAACUCAACAAACGCAUCGCAACACAGAUUUCAAUAGAAAUCCCUUGCAUGGAUACGAUAAUACAGCCUUUGAAAAUGGAAAUGAGUGAAUGCAUUGAAAAUUCAAUUUAUAUAU